GUUCGCGUAUGAUUUAUUGUGUACAUUAUAUUAUACAUCAGUGCGUGCGUGCGUGGAAGCUGCAAUUCCUGUACGCGUAAUCGGUGAUCGAUCGAUCCUUCGCCAAAACUGCUCUCAACGCCUGUGUGUCAUAAUAAAUAAAUGACGACGACGAUGAUGAUGAAUAGUCAUGGGAAGUCGCUGCAGCGGGUCGAGCAUCGCGAACAGAAGGAGCAACUGUCGAGGAUCGCUCGAGGAAAAUCCGCCAGUAAUCUGAAAACAAUCCUAUUCUGCACGACUCAGCCGGCGCACGUGAUAACGAUAGCCGCGGUGCUGUGCGUGACCUCGGCCCUGCUGCCCAAUGACAGGCUUGGCACAACGACGACGACGACGACGACGGGAGCCGUGGCGAUCGACGGCAGCAGCAGUAGCAAUCCAAUGGCGGCGCCGCGAUCCAAGCUCACGGCCUUCGUCUAUCUGGCCUCGUUCGUCAUGCACUUCGGCUCGCAAGUCUGGAUGACUUUUGUUUCUGGCCUGUCGCUGUACUUCGCGCUGCCGCGCCACACGUUCGGCGAGGUGCAGCGCGUCCUCUUUCCGCGCUACUUCAGCCUCAACGCCUGCCUCAGCCUCGUCACCCUCCUCAUCUACGUCAAGCAUCAUCCGGCGGCGAGCUGGGACUGGGAGAUCGGCCUGCAGGUGGGCGGCAUGUCCGGGGCCUUCUUCUGCGAGCUCCUCAUCAGGCUCUACCUGACGCCGCCUCUGCUGCGCCUCAUCGACCAGAAGACGAGCCUCGAGCGGGCGGCCGGGGUCGGGGCGGAAAUAGGUAGACACGAUCCGGGCCCGCUCAAGCACUGUCCGCACUACAUGAAGAUACACGGCGAGUUUCGCCGGGUGCACAUGAUCAUCGCCAUGGGCAACAUGCUGACGAUGGCCUGCACGGUGCUGCAUCUGCACUACAUCGCCGGCAACAUGUGCGCGCUCUAAGAAUCUUUUUCGAUUUCGCUGCUUCCUUUAUCUUCUUCCUCUACUAUAUACUGUGUACAUAAUGAAAAAAAGGUCGCGUUUGUAUAUGAAUUCGUUCGAAGAGUAACUUAUUUUCGUUAUUAAUUUAAUUUUAACAAAACAACGCCAUUGUAUCGACUGCUUGUUGAGUGUUAAUGUACGUGUCGAUGCGUGUAUCUUUUGAAUAUUAAUAUAUUGCAAUAUCGAAAUUGUGUGUGUAUGCUCAAGCGAGAGUGGAAUAUCUGCGAAUGCCAUAAUGUAAUGAUAUAUAAUUUAACUUAAAAAUAUCGCAACUUUACAGUGUCUAAUUAGCGACCGACCGCUCGUAUCUUCAAUCAGUAUUUAAUAUUUACGAGUGCGUCUCUCUUCGCCUUCUUAAAAUUAAAAAAAAAAAAAAAUAAUAAUAAUUAUCGACGAAUACUCGGACUUUUUCUCUGUCUCGUCGUCUUUAUUGAAAUAAUUAUAAGUGUAUCGGGUAAAAUUGAUACCGAUAGAUCAAAUAUUUCAUGGAUCAGCUUUUUCUUCUUUAGCGUUAUCAUACUUAUACGAUGACUAAACAUUUUUGAGUGAAAAUGUUUUUAUAAAAAAAAAAGAAGUGUAAGUGUUGAAAAAACUAUUAGAUAAUUUUCACCGCAAUUCCAUUAUGGAUUUCUGUUAUAUAAUGUAUAGGUCUCCUUUGAGCAUUAUGUGUUGAGCUGCGAAAGUCGACCACGAGAUGGUUCGAGAGCGAGAGCCUCUUGGUCGAUCGACGAUAAAGUAAAAAGAAAAAAAGCUUAGGGGGAGGAUCGGAGCUUCGCCUCGGCCUGAGAAAAUUACGGCGCCUUUAUAUAACUUUAUUUAAUUUAUCAAAUCUUUUUUCUUCGUUUCCUUCGUAACAUACAAUGUGCACACUCUGUAUCAGAGUGUAGAUUUAACGAAUUUAUAUAUUUUCGAAAAUCCUCGAUGGCUAUAAUAAUGAUUGAAAAUAAAAUAACGUAAUUAUAUCGCUCGCGAAUGAAUUCGUGCACAGAGAAAGAGGGGGCCGAUUUCUUGUCGCGGACAUUUUCGACUUUUACUACAUCCUUUCCUCAUCGCUCGUGUAUAAUGAAUAUAUACGCAAAUUAUAUAGUACAAGUGCACGUCUCAUUGUUGUACAUAUCGCCGAUACCAUUAUAAUUAUGUUUAUCACGAAAUUAUAUAAGCAAUUUUUAAUCGUAUUUCUUAGCUUUUAAUGUAAGUGUCGCAAACACGUAUUAGAGAGUAUCGCAGUAUGCUUAUUAUAUGUGGCUCCAUUAUAAUAUAAUAAUUAUAUAGAUAGCAUGUGAUUUAUAAAUUUGAUAAAACUAUUAAUGUUGCCAUCGAAUUUGCGGGUGCGAUGAAGUUGCAUCAUAUGGAUUCGACACGUAUCGAAUUCGAGGAAAAGAAAAUUACAAUACGUUCGACGUCCGUUUUUUAAGCGAAAAUAUAACAAAAGCCUCGCAACGUAUAGUAAAUAUGUUAGAAAAGUUGUAUCGAAAAAUAUUGAAAAUA